UCUAAUCUCGUGACGUCACUGCUAGCUGAAAGUAAAAAUGGUGGUCGAUAUGGAAUUGCAGGAAACCAAGAAUUACGUCCUUCAGCUUAUGAAGGAUAAAGAUGAUAUUGAAGCGGAAAUAAAAGCUUUGAAAGAAAUUCUAGAUUCCAAUCAUGUUGGUAUGGAUGAAUCGUUGGUUGAUUCCGAGGGAUAUCCAAGACAGGACAUCGAUGUUUAUCAAGUCAGGCAUGCAAGGCAUAAAAUUAUAUGUUCUAGGAAUGAUCAUAAAACCUUGAUGAAAAAAAUAGAAGAGGGAUUGCACAAAAUACAUGCAUUGUCAGGAAAUCGAGCAGGUAGUUCUGAGCCAGUUGAAGAAAAUGAUGUUGAACAGGCUGUGCAAUUAGAGCCUUUCUUAAGGGUAAACUUGGUUUCCCCUGAUUCACCAGCUGAGAUUGCAGGAAUUGAAGUUGAUGAUCUCAUAUUGGAGUUUGGUUCUAUUGAUUAUCGGAAUUUUAAGUCAUUAAGAGAUAUUGGUGCUCUAGUACAAAAUAGUAGGUACAAAAACAUAAGCAUAAAAAUUAAACGUGUAUCUAAUAUUUUAGCUUUGAACUUAAUUCCACGUCCUUGGGCUGGCAAUGGCCUUUUGGGCUGCAAUGUAAUACCUUUAGAGACUGUUGAGAGAUAAAAGCAUUUAACAAAAACGUUCGUUUAUAAUUAUAUAUAAUUUUUGUGUAUAUUCUUAAAUAAAGAAGUUUUGUAAAUUAUUAUAUUUAA